AUGCUUGAACGUGAUUUAUAUGUGGAUAACAUUUUGACUAGCAUUGACAGAGAGAGUGUCACUUUAAACUUCUUUGAGCAAGCAAGGGAAAUGAUGAGUAAGGCAGGAUUUAAUUUGAGGUCUUGGAAUUCGAACAGCAUAAAGGUACGACAACAAGCAGUAUCUCAGAAAGUUUUAGACACGGACACAGACACGAAAGUAUUGGGAAUGAGAUGGAAUAGUCACACAGAUUAUAUUUUCUAUCCACACAAAUGCAAGGAAGAAAGUACGACAAAACUUGUAACUAAACGAGAAAUAUUGAGAUAUUCGUCAGGAAUUUACGAUCUGCUAGGAUUACUGAGUCCAGUGACAAUAACGGCUAAAAUUUUGUUGCAAGAAAUAUGGAAACUUGGAUUACAAUGGGACAGUAUAAUAGAGGGAGACCUAUGUAACCAAUGGAUCGGUAUACGCGAGAAUAUUGAGACCGCUACACAAACAGUAUUUCCUCGAUAUUAUUUCGCUGAGACUACAGGAUCAACACAACACAGUCUUCACAUAUUUGUUGACGCAAGUACAAAGGCAUAUGGUGCGGUAGGAUAUAUAUGCAAUGGACAAGAGACAGCACUUGUAAUGGCAAAGUCACGAGUAGCUCCGUUAAAGGAACUGACACUCCCACAACUUGAGUUAAUUGCAGCCGUAAUCGGAGCACGCUUAGCUAAACACCUUCAAUCAACGUUGGAGUGCGAAAACAUCACAUUUUGGUCGGAUAGUCAGAUUGUUUUACACUGGCUUAAGUCAACAAAGACAUUAAAACGUUUCAUACAAAAUCGUGCGAAUGAAAUAAACGAAUUGACAAAAUCAUGGGAAUGGAAGUAUUGCCCUACAAGCGAUAACCCAGCUGAUCUAGUAACACGAGGGAUAACAGCCGAACAAUACACAAACAGCACAUUAUGGAUUAAAGGUCCGCAUUGGUUAACAGACAGUUCAACAUACCCAAAAUCAACAUUAAUCGACACGUCUUUAUCAGUUUUGUUAACAGAAAAUGAAAGUACAUGUAAUAGCCAACCAAAGGACGAUUCGAUUUGUAAAUUUGGAAUUAACUUUAUUAUUGAUAUUGAACGUUAUUCGUCGUACCAGAAACUGUUACGUAUCACGUCAUAUGUACUACGAUUUAUAGAAAACUGUAGAAUUGAAAGGAGUUUAAGGACACUAGAACAUUUAAAACCAAGUGAAUUAUCCAAAUCUGUUGAGUUAUGGGUUCGAAAUUGUCAGGAAACGGCUUUUGCUACGGAAUAUAACGCAUUGAAGUUUAACAGUAAAUCACGGGACAGUUUACCGAGAAUCAGACAAUUAAGAUUAUUUCUUGACGACAAGAACAUCCUCAGAUGUGGAGGAAGAAUCCAGAAUGCACCCUUAUCGGAGUCCACCAAAUUUCCGUUUAUCUUACCUAACGAUCAUACAAUUUUUAAACUUAUUGUAUUAGAUGCCCAUGAAAGAAUUUGUCAUUCUGGAGUAAAUGCCACAAUCGUACAUUUGAGACAAAGUUUUUGGAUAUCCGCAAUCCGACAGUUUGUUCGUAAAACACCUAGGAAAUGUGUUACUUGUAGAAAGGUUGUUGGACAACCAUAUGCAGCACCGGAUCCACUGCCAUUGCCUAAAAUUCGACUACAAGAAGCUGGUCCUUUUACAGCUACAGGGAUAGAUUUCACAGGCGCAUUACAAGUUAAAGAUAACGAAAAUGUCAUAAAGAAAGUCUACAUAUGUUUAUUCACUUGUGCCUCUACUAGAGCGAUACACCUUGAAGUCGUUACAAAUUUGUCAGAAGAAACAUUUUUACAAGCUUUUCGGCGCUUUUCAAGCAGAAAAUCUUUACCAAAAGUAGUUAUGUCAGACAAUGGUUCUACUUUUGUAUCCGCGUCAGAAGACAUCAAACAACUUUGUAAUUCAAAAAAGUUAAAAGAGACAUUAUCAGCCCAAGGAAUCGACUGGUUUUUCAUCCCUAAACGUGCUCUAUGGUUUGGUGGAUGGUGGGGGCGUCUUAUUGGAAUGACGAAAACGAAUUUGAAAAAAGUACUAGGAAAAUCACUUGUAAAUUUAGAGACUCUUCAGACAAUCGUUACAGAGAUAGAAUCCGUCUUAAAUGAUCGACCCUUAACAUAUGUGUCUUCAGACCCGGAGGAUCUUCAACCACUUACACCAGCUCAUCUUCUUUAUGGACGUAGGAUAAAUACAUUACCGUACAUGGAUACUCGUGAAAUUGACAUGUUUAAUGAGACAUUUAUGAACAAAACAAAGUUUAUCAAACGUGUUCAAAGACAAUCAUUACUCUUACAACAAUUCUGGAACAGAUGGAAAACAGAGUAUUUGACGUCAUUGCGUGAAUUCCACAAGAAAACGGGAAACAAUUCCACUAUAAUCAGAAUAGGCGAUGUAGUUCAGAUUCAUGAUGAAAACAGAAGAAUAAUGUGGAAAACCGGGCUAGUGGAAAACCUAACCAAAGGAAAUGAUGGACUAGUUCGUUCCGCUAUUAUUCGAACCAAAACGGGAACCACAUCACGUCUGAUCGUCAAGUUGUAUCCCCUUGAACUUUGUACAGACAUCGAAACAUCAAAGGACGAAGAAGCUCGACAGAAGAAAGAACCAAGUGCGACCACAAGCCGGAUGUUGCCAAACCGAGAAGCAGCCAGAAGAGCCAGGUAA